GAAAUAAUUUAUUUAGUUUGGAUUUUUUGGAUAUUUGUUGUCAUAUUUGUAUACUGCGCCUUUUUUGCAUCAAUUCAAUUGAGCCGUUUCUGCGAUUUUCGAGGCGCUGCAAGUUUCUUCAAAAUAAAAUAAUCCAAAAAAGCAAAACAUAGCGGCACACAUAUUGAUGAUAUUGAUCUUAUUUGAAAAAAAUCAUUGUUCUAGGUUAAAAAUCCAGGGAGAAAAGAGUCGAGAUCGUUUGUAUGGAAAAAUCGCACCUAGGAAUUCCUCUUAAUAUGCGACGGUAUCUCUCAUGUGUUAUAACUCACAGCACCAAAGAGCCAUGCGCCGUAUCUCCCCCCACAACCCGGUGCGCCGGCGUCUAUUCCCCGAGGCACAUUUUGAAGAGGAGGCUCGCAUGGACAACUGCGCUAACGUGUUGCAAGAAUCUAUAGCGAGGGACCAAGUCGCCUUGACAAAGAAGUAUAACUUCGACUUCGCAACCGAGACUGCGUUACCAGGCGAAUGGGAUUGGUCUACGCGCGACGGCGAAAACUGGAUCGGUUUUAAACCGAACACAAUGGAAACUACGCAAAAAAAUAAAAACUGCGUUGAAAUGAGACUAGAAAAUGAGACCACCCCUAAAGAAAAACCUGACAAGGAACUGCCUGCUGUUAGGAAGAGAAAGAGCGAUGCGGCAGCGAGCGACAGCGGAGCGAGAAGGAAGAUCAGUUUCGACUAAAAUGGAAAUUCAAGUUUGGGGGUUGUCACACGCUUAUGAAGUGCCACUUAAAGUUUGUUUAGAUAUUAAAAUUCCUCUUAGUUACUGAUUAAAUCUACUUGCAUUUCUGAGUGACGGAGUCAUCUCUUACUUUAUGAACGUCAAUAUAAUUAUGUAUGAAUUACUAAAUUUAAAAUUUGUCUCUUGUCGAUCGAAUCGUUCGGUCCGUAAUGUACUGAUAUACAAGCAAAUUUUGUGCGAAGUCUAGUUUCAUCUCACUCAUUUGACAUUUUAUUGGCUUUAAAAUCCGCCUAAUAUAAUAUUUAUUUUAACAAUAAUUACUAAAAAUAUGAAAAUUCAAAGGACUGAUGAUUUCCUUUAGAGGACUUUAUAUUUUAGACAGUAGAUAACUGUAGAUACUACCUACAUUACUAUUAUAAUUGUUUUCGGUUUUAGUCGUCUAUUUAUUUGUAUAAAGACUGUUUUGUGUAAAAUUUUGUAGAAAUAUUUAUUUAAAAACUUAGUUUUAGAUGUGUAUUCAUUCCGCUACAUAACAUCACAAUUUUGUAGCUUAGAUAUACCUUUUCCAUUCAAAGAUUUGUUAAAUGCUUUAUGUAACUUUUAAACUUCUUCUUAAAUCACAGACUAGCGUGAGUUGCGUUCUAGCGCGCUACUUCAAGUAUGGACUCCUGCGAUAACGCAACUCAUUCUAGACGGUCAGAUUGACCUAUUUCAUCAAAUCUUAACCAAUAUGUUUUUAUAUGGAAUAGUCAUGGCUUUAUCAGGCCCAAGCAUGUUGUUGUUGAAAGGGACCUCCGGAUUCUGCACAUCAGGAGCCACAAAGUGAUAUUUAUUGAGAACGAGGAGGUCGCGAGGUUGAGAUGCGAUUCGUAAAUACUUUGACAUUUUCUUGGCAAAGAAUCAAUGAAGAUACGUAAUUAAACACCUUCUUUUUUUGUAUUUUUUUCGCAAGCAUUUCUCUAUUAGGCGCGAAGCCAGGCUUGAACUCACGAUUUUGUUAAUUUGCCAAGAAAAUGGUAAAACAUGGAUCUAAACCACGCGUUUCUAACCCUCGAGUAGUCGCGCAGUUCCAGCAGCAUUUUGUCAUCCAUUUUUAACACACAAAUUUCUUUAAAAUAAUGGACAAUACAGUUUGUAUUAUUUUUUAUGUAAAAAAUAAAUCAAAAACUAUUAGAAAAGGUAACAUUUAUUUUAGUUUUACACUGAGUAGUAUAAAAAAUGACCUUGACAAAUAUACCGUGUUUGUGUGCCACUGCUCAUGGCGAGACUUAUAGAUCGUGUCAUUCACGAAGACGCGUGCUUGACUCGUCUUGCCAUGUUAUUAAAGGUUAGAUUUGACAAAUCUGCGCGUGUUCGUGGAUGACACGAACUAUCAUUUUGGGUUACUCUAAGCUCUAUGGUUAAUCUCUAUGGUUCUAACAGAUGAUAGGCCUCAUGAUCAGUUAUGAAACUGAUGAAUUGUGAUCUCUAGUUAACACUAUUAUAAUUAUAUCUAACCAGCAAAUAUUUAACCUUUUCAUCGUCAAUGAAGUUAUAAAGUGUCACCAAAACGCCAUGUAAAAAAUUGGACGUAGACAACCCGUAUAACAUAUCAAGUCGUGGCGUGUGGGGCACGAAAUGUAAGUACUGACUUUAUAUCAAGUCAAUGGCGGCGAAAAGGUUAAAAAAUAACCAAUCUUGCCUUUCGUGUCACAUUCACAUCAAGUGCAAUAGGUCAAAAACUUUUUUAUUACCUAUGAGUUACGGUCGGCGUCUUUACUGUGGGCAUCAUAAAAUAAAAGGACUUAAAACUCUUAAUUUUCAUACUACAUAUAUCCUUAUGGGCGUAUUAAACCUUUUACUUCUUUAAAGUAAUAUGAUGAAAGUAUUAGAAAAAUGUAUCCAAUUCGUUAUCUUUUGUAAUGUCUACAGAAAAGAUACCGGUUUUCACCCAAAUUAGCAUUGCCUUCAGAGUUUCCUUUGCUUAUUUUGAUAAAACAAGAACCGUUCGUAUUUCACCAAGAACUAAAACUAUUUUUACGCCACUAAAUCUAGUUAGUAGUUAGAUGUCAGACUUAGUCCAUUCUAUAUAAAUUUUCGUUUAGUUUAAAAAAUUAAAGAUGUUUUUGGUAAAGGACGAAUGUGAUCACCGAUUGAUGUAAAUUUGUAAUUUUAGUAUAAUUUAAAUGCAGCUACCAUAUUCCUUAUAAACCUACAACUAUAAAAUGUAACUACAGAAAUACAUUAAUAUUUUUUUAUAGUGACGACAUAUUUAUAGUGGUGACAUAACUGCUGCGGCUUUUACGCGGGCGCUGUAUCUUUCAAUUUCUUAAAUAAUAUGAGUGACGGAUUGAAUUGAAUAUCAUAAUCGCGUCAGUGAGCCAUGGGAAUAGGUGGAAUCAAGGAAAUUUGCAGACACAGCCGCGGCAUGAAGCAUCAACACCGCAACAGGGGCCCAUUCCUCGAACGGCAUUAAUCUAAUAUUAUUAGUGUGUUGCCAUGGUAACCCAUACGACUUGACAGUUCGUGGACUAAUAUUAGUCUAAUACCGUUCGAGAAAUGGGCCCAGUAAAGCCGCAACAGUAAUGCAGCUAUCGGAAAGUUACCUUUAGAAACAAUGUAUUAUUCAAGUAUUUGACUUGAAUUGAGGAAUGUGUAGCUUGCAUAACGUUGUAGUGAGACGUAAGGUAGAUAGACGCUGUAUGGGUUCAACACCGUUAACGUUACGUUAUUAAAAUCUAUUUCACGCUACAUAAAACACAAAUUAUAUUACUGAGAUACAUAUUAAUACGUGAGAGCGCUAUUUAUUAUUUCUCUUGAUUGUUUGUGUGAACUGUGUGACAAAAGAUUUUUACUGCUGCAUAGGUAUUGUUGAUAAUUUUCACAACCCUAUCCGUUUGUGUGUCAAAGCUAAAGGAAGAAUUUUGAAGAUAAUCAGUUUUUAUUAAUGUUUUUAAUGUUAUUUUGUUAAAAACUUUUAAUCAAGACCAAUAUCCUACAAAUUAUUUGUCAACGUACUGUUGAGCCAUCUUGUAUAAAGUACCAUCCAUCCAUCCAUUCCAUCGUUUCCAUCGUUUUCAAAUAUUGUACUUUAUGAAUAUUAGGAAAAACUUUGCCCAUACAGCCAGUUAUAGCUUUAGGAGUAGUGUCGUAAAAUAAAAAUUACUUGUAAGCAAUUACGGCAAACUAAAACGCUUUUUAAGCGGAUAUUAAGCUUUAUGCACUAAAUCUAACCUAAAUAUUUUGACAGUCGAGUCCAUAACAAUAGUAGCAUGGCAGCUUAUUUUUUUUUUAUAUGACAGUUUCAGAAAUAAAACAAGUACAGUCAGCAUCAAAAGUAGCGGAUCAAAUAACGCUUCAUAAGUAUCUACCAUUCUGUAACAGCUUAACAAGAAAGUGAUGUGUUUAAUAUAGAAUAAUAUAGAAAGAAAAGAUUGUAAAAGAUAUACUUUUGAACGCGAAUUCUAGAAAUUUAUCUAUAUUUGGAAAAGUUAUCCGAAAUAUCAGAUACUUUUGGCGCGUUGUUUCAUCCGCUACUUUUGAUGCUGACUGUACACACAAGUACAACAUACAAGUGCGAAAAAAAGGGAAAUUCGCAACGAGUGGCAAAGGGAGUGUUUUAAAUAGACACUAGUUGCGAAUUUCCUAUUCUCCCUUAAAAUUUUCGACAUGCAUAAUUACCUAAUGUGCUUAUUAUCGCACUAGUGCAGUAAAGUAGUACUGCAAAAUACAUAAUGUAGUUUUUACUUAUAAGAUCAACCGGUGUAAAUGCAACUAUGGGAUUAUUGCGUCUAUUUGAGUUCUUUUUAUAAACAACAUGAAUUAUACGAGAGUUUCCAUCGUCUGGUGAUAAAUGCCUGGGCUAUAACCGCUAAAAUCGAAGUUCGUCAAAUGCUGGUAUUUUUCUCUGUAGCUCUAAUUACGUCUUAGUGCCAGUAGAAGAGAAAGAUCCCCGCAAUUUGCGAAUUUCGGUUUUCGCCGUAGGCUGCUUGAGCUUGGCUACUUCGUGAGCUACUUGGAAAUAAAACGUUACAUGAGGGCGUUCCAACCAAUCGUAUUCGAGAAAUACGUAAAUAAUAGCAUUUACUCUGGUUGUACGUAUUUAUCUUGUUUUUUUUUUUUUGCUAAAUAGAAUUUUGAUUUUAACAUUCUGAUUACAAGUGUGCUGUUAUAGGACUCGACUUUAAUAAUCAAACAGCUAAGUCCCAAAGUCCCGGUAGUUUUUUUACGUCUGUUAGACAAUACUACUACAACACGGUUUUUCAAUGAUGAUUACGAACAUCGAAAAGGUCUGGUGGAAAAAAAAACCGAAAAUGUUUAUUAGGUCUGAUACGAUUGUGAGGGUUGAUUACAGUGAAAUGGCAAUUUUAACAUGUCACAAUCUCAAUUUCUCGGUUGCAAAGGGGUAAGUCCGGAGAACCCGCGAAAAGGAUCGACAAACAUAGAUUUAAGUGUUAAUUAAUAAUGUUUAUCUUACGUCUCAAUAUAUAUAAGUAUAAGACGUAGUUACCUAGGUAUUGCCCAAUUGCCCAAAAUCAUCGUUUAAAAACCGUACCGUAGUCUAAUACUUACUGAUGUAAUGUAAAAUAUUUUAAGUAUUUAUAUUUUAAACAUUUAUUUAUUAAUAAAAGUUUAGGAUUUAAAAUAAGUAGGUUUAUAUUAAAUUUUAAUAUUCUUAUUUUAAACAUGUUUUCUUUCAAUGAUCUGUAGGUAUAUAUUUCGAUAUCUGAAUCUUAAAAAGUCAAAAAAAUCAUCUGGCCUGACAUAUUUUUAUUUUGAAAACUGACUUUUUUUUAAUACCACGUCGGUGGCAAACAAGCAUACGGCCCGCCUGAUGGUAAGCAGUUACCGUAGCCUAUGGACGCCGGCAACUCCUGAUGAUACUCCAUUUGACACAUUUCAUAUAUUGACUACAAUAUGCAUGCUCCUAUUGUCCAAUAUUAUAAUAUAAAUGUGAAAUAUGACAGAUAAUAUAUUAUGUUAUAAGAUGGUCAUACCCGUACCCCGUAUAGAAUCAAAGUCAAAUAAAGUCAAAAUUAUAACUUUAAAUAAAUAACUUUACACUUAAUUAUUUUGUGCAAUGAUUUGUAGGAAUAUAGCAAUCAAAAUAUAUAAACAAAUAGUGAGAUAUUUAUUUGUAUUAAAUUAUACAAUAACAACAUUAUGUUCAGUCGCCAUCAGAUAGGUAUAUCGGAUCAAAUAUCUGAACAUGCAUCUAGCGCCUUGACAGAAAAGCGUGUUCAGAUAUUUGUGAGCAUCUUGGCCGUUCCGAUUUAAUUAUGGAGAAUGUAAAAAUGGUUUUAUUUAUGUAACUAAGUAAAGCAUGCAUAAGAUAUAAUCAUUCUAAAAUGUAAAUACCUUCUGGACUUACAAAACUUGUAUUUUGAAAUACCUUACCAUAUAAUUAACGUGUUUUAUGGCGAUAAUUUAUUGUAGUAUAGUUUUUCUAAAUUAAAUUAUUACUUAUUUAAAA